AUGGGUGCUCUCGACAAGUACGUGGAUGGCUCCAAGCGAGAAGAAGCCUUGAAGUGGAAAGAGAGAUGCAGGAAAGCUAUUAGACUAUCCGAGGACGGUAAAUUCGAAGAAGCAUUGGUUCUGUGUCAACUAAAUCUCGACUGGAGCCUGGAGGUUCUGGGUCCCGAUCACAACUGUACCGUGUCCGACCAAGAAGCCCUUGCACAGGCGUUAUACUCCCUCAAACGCUUCAAAGAAGCCAGGAGAUUAGACCAAGCUGCUCUGGACACCCGGAUCCGAGUCGAGGGAGGUGAUCCACCCUCGAAGGAGCUUCUGGAGGUGAAAUUGAACCUAGCGCAAGAUCACGUCGCACUCAAGAACUUCAAAUCGGCUGCCAAACUGUAUGAAGAAGUGUACAAGAGCUACGAAGACGUCGAUAUUCAAGUGCUCAAAAUCGCUUACGACUUGGCGGCCUGUUGGCAUCAUUCUCGACUGUACAGGAAAUCCAAAGAGUUGAAUGAGUGGGUGCUGGAGAGGAGACUUGAACUACAUGCUUCGGAUGAGCAAAUUUCGAUGAGUAGAGAAGCCAUCAAGCAGAAUUUAAAGAGGAUUGAAAGUGGUAAGAAAGAGAAGGCGGCGGAGAAACAGAAAGCUGCGGAGGAGGCAGAAAGGAUAAGGAAGGAAGCGGAGAAGGGAGAGGCACGAAAGAUGGAACAGAAGAGAAAAGCCGUCGAGAAGGCCGAAGUUGACGCCAAGAAAUCAGCAGGCACGAGCCCGAUCAAGGAGAAGGUGGCCAUGGAGAAGGUAUCGGACCAGAAUAAAUCUAAAGAGGAUGCAGAGAAGAAGAGGCUAGAGGAAGUUGAAGCUCGUGCACUUGAACGCGAACGGCUGGCUAAGGAGUUGAGAAUCAAAGAACGUGCUGAAAGAGCAGCAGCAGAGGAGAAAGCAAGGAUUGAAAAGACCCAGGCCAGAAGGGAGCAGGCUCGGGAAGAUGUCAUGAUACAGCUAGGCCACUCGCCGUCUCAACAAGGAGGUCCUACAUCCAAGAAUGAGGAGCCAUCAUCGCCAAUUCCAAUUCCAUCUAUCAACGUUCAGAAACCCGAACAACGACCAUCUUCUGCACCCAAGCAUAGUUCUGGACUUGAGAAGUGGAAAGAUGGUCUAGAAGCCAACACAGGGAAGUUGAAGUCAAAUGGCAAUGUGACGCCUCGGCCAAGAUCCAACUCACAGGAGACAAGAGACCCGACAGAUAGGAUCCCAUUUCGUCACAUCUCAAGGAAUGAUCUCCUCUCACAAUUCGGAUCGGCUCAAGCUGGCUCGACGAGUGGAAGUGAGGUCGGGGAAUCUGAAAAGCCUCUCCGAAAACCUUCGCGCCAGCCUUUACCACCGCCUCAGAAACCAUGGUUUGCAAAGCUAGAUUCCAAUACUGCAAAGCAAGAGACACCCGAGCAAAAGCCUCUUUCCCCAUCGUUGAAGCCUGAUCCAGCAGCCAAAUCAUCCCCUGAUCUUUCUCGAUCGCGGUCACUUAACAGCAGGAAAGACAAAGGGCCUGGAACAGGUGAGGUGAGAUCUGCUUCUGCGAAUCCUGGCAAGAAACGUGGGUCUUCCCCAGACGGCGGAAAGAAAGUGCAACAAUAUUAUAGCCAGCUUUUUGAUGCCAAAGGAGGAAAAGAAGACGAUGAUAGCACAUUCGCAGUAAAUGGCUGGUUCGAUAGCCUUGAGUCCGAGACCCAAAAUCUCUUAAUACACCUCCGAAGAUCACAAGGAAAGAGAGUCAAGAUUGCUAUCCUUGACACAGGAAUCGAUCUCUCUCAUCCUGAUUUCAAAGAAGAUCAAUCAGCAUCCCGCAUGAACAGGCCAAUCAAAACCCCGGAAGACUUUCUGGAUCCUGAAGGCAAAGCGUUCGAUACGUGCGGCCAUGGAACAUACUGUGUCGGAAUUCUGCGGAGAGUUGCUCCGGAAGCAGAUAUUUAUGUCGCAAGGGUAGCAAAGGAUUUCGACAGUAAUCUCGAUCCAGAAGUCGUUGCUAAGGCAAUCACUCGUGCGUGUAACUCCGACAGAGACAGUGAUGGGAAACGGAACUGGAAUGUCGAUAUCAUCACCAUGUCGUUUGGAUUCUAUGGUAUCUUUCCACUCGUCCGCACAGCUAUUCGACAAGCUCUCGCAAAACCAGUCCUCGUCUUCGCCGCCGCCUCGAACAAUGGUACGCGUCGAGCCAUCGCAUUCCCCGCCAGUAUGACAGGCGUAUUCUGUAUCAAUUCUGCAACUGGCGAUGGAGGCCGAUCGAGCUUCAACCCCGAACCAAAAGCAGACAAAAACUUCAGCAUCAUCGGCGAGAACAUCGUAUCAUCCUGGACGACGCACGGAAACGCCAAUGCCAGACGAUCAAUGUCCGGCACGUCGGUGGCAACGCCAAUGGCUGCUGCAGUAGCUGCUCUGGUUCUUGAAUAUGUUCUCCAGAACGAUCCUGAGUCGAGCUUAUUGAAGCAGCUGGACGAGUUCAAGGAGUAUGAUGGCAUGUCGAAAAUCUUCUCGCUUAUGUCGAAGCAUAAAGAUGGGUAUAAGAAUAUUAUCCCUUGGGAGGUACUGUCGGCGGUGGGAGGUGCGAAAAGAUCAACUAUUACUGGACUUAUUGAGUGGGCGAUGAGGAAUCCUGCGGGACAGUGAGCGGUCGUCAUAGUGGUUUCUUCCACGUGAUGGGCAGUCCAAGCUGGUUUUGGAAAGGUAUCCAGCUCUACCCAAUCAGUAAAGACAUGAUUUCAGUGAAGCUCUCCAUUAGCGUGAACCAACCCCGGUGGAGACAAGAGCGGAGUUGAGGAGGAUGUUCAGGACUCGCAAGGCGUCGGUGGUAGAGGAAUGGGAGCCUUGCAUGCACCAUCUGUGAUUUGUGGUUUUAAUUAUGGAUGCCAACCAUGAUGGUGACUUGAAAGGAUUGGUAGAGAGGUGCUGUGGCUAUAAUGAACUCAGUUGUGGUCUCUUGACGAUAUGGUGUCGCUAUUACUGUACUGAUGCCUGCGAUGAAAGUGCUUGUGGGCAGAGACGUUGUGCGCUGAGUAAUGAUGCUAACUAGCGACGACACACCUAGGUAAUGGAAGGCGCCCUCGGCGGAUGAUUGUAUCAGCACAGUAGCAAAGAUUGUAUAAAUCGUCG